GUAUGAAGUGAGUUUGUUAAGGUGCAAAACUUUGAUUAGAUUCAUGCCAUUGUGGGUGGAAUGAGUGCAUUUUCUUGGUGGCAUGGGUUGCGUAAUUCUCGGUUCAAGGAUGUUCCCUUUGUUUGCCUAGGGUUAUUCAUAGGAUGGAACAGCGACUUUGGAUGCACCGUGAAUGGCCGAUCGAUGCUUCCGACCUUAGAACCAGGCGAUUUCCUUUUGUUUAUUCCUUAUUCACUUUUAGCCUUCAAAAAGCUGUUUGGUAAGCAACUAGUAAACGAAGGCGACGUAGUUGUACUUAAGAUAUCAGAUCAUCUUUCGGUCUGCAAGCGGGUGAUUCGAACAACGGCAUCGGCACAAGAGGUUGCGGAUUGGAAUGCGCGAAGCUUCAUCGAUGCAGAGACAUAUUUGGCUGAAAAUAUCGAUCGCCGAAUAUCACAAGAAAAGCGGGAGUGGGAUGACUCUUUGAACAAAACCUUCCGCUCUCGCGAAUGGGAUUCAUGUAUCGAUAGGGUAUCAAAUCCCUUGCAAUGGAUUUGGGUAGAGGGAGACAAUAAGGACACAAGCAUGGAUUCUCGCGCAUGCGGUGCUGUGCCAGUUGAAUGUCUUCGAGGACGUGGCAUUGGAGUCAUCUGGCCACAUUUAAAACUCCUUAAACGCCAAACCGUUUAGUUUUUAUUAACAGAAGAAUUAUUUAAUUUUUCCAAUGAAAACAAUUCAAUAUAAAAAA